CCGGACUCCUCCGUGUCCUCCUCCUCCCCCGCCGCGGCCAAGCCGGAGGAGGGCCCCGCGCCCGCCGCCUCGCCGGGGAUCCUCGCCUCCGGCCACCCUCAGAGCAGCUUUGGAGUGGUGGGAUGGCCACCAAUAAGAACAUUCAGGAUGAACAGCCUGUUCGGCCAGGCGAAAGACAAUGCCUCCGAUGCCGAAACCAAGAAGGCCGCCGCCGAUGAGUCCGGCUCACGGAAAGACAAGGAGGAGGGCGAGAAGAAGGGCCGGGUGCCUGGGUGGGUGAAGGUGAACAUGGAUGGGGAGGUCAUUGGGAGGAAGGUGGACCUCAACGCCCAUCGCUCCUACAAGACCCUUGCCUUGGCCCUUGAGAUCAUGUUCACCAAGCCAUCCGCCGGUCUUUGCGCCUCUAAUAGCACGAAGUCUCUGAAGCUGUUAGAAAACUCUUGUGAAUACCAGAUGACAUACGAAGACAGGGAUGGUGACUGGAUGCUUGUUGGAGAUGUCCCUUGGGAAAUGUUUGUUGGCUCCGUGAAGAGGCUAAGGAUCAUGAGGACAUCGGACGCCAGUGGUCUCGGGCCACAGUUUCAAGCCAACCACAGAACCGCGGCCUCGACAAGAGGGAGAUCAUGAGGGCAGCACUCAAGUGAAGAGUCAUAUAUCAUCAUCUCUGAUGAAGCUUCGUCCGAGCGAGCAGCCUGACGGCGCCGCUGGCGCAGCCGCUGUGAUUACUUGUGUGCCUAGUUGAGAUAGCAGGAGCUAAGAUGUGCUCCUGCCUGAUGGUGACUUCUUUCGAGCUAGUAUCUAUUCUUUUCCUGGCCCCCUUCAGUUCUAUCUACACUUGGUGAAGUGCUAGCAUAUGUGCUCUUUUUUCGUCAUAUAUGUUUUUUGUGCGACAGAA